GACGUAGUUUAAUACUAGAUACAUCAUUUUUUCCUCGGACGAAGUUUUCCAGACGGAGGGAGUAGACGUAUUUUAGUUCUAGCUAAGCCAUUUCUAUUCAUUUCUUUGACAAGUACUUCAGUAUUUCUGAACAAGAGGGAGUAGUAUUUAUUGAUGUGUGCAAGAUAAGAUUGGCCCUCAUGCCACCACUCCUCUUUUCUGGAAUAUUAUAGCCCUGUGCUUGCUCCCAUACACACCACCUGUCCCCCCUCUCUCUCUCUCUCUCUCUCUGUGCAAAGAGAGAAAGAACCACCUACAAACAGACAGGCAGGGGAAGCAGAGCAAGGAGGAAGAAGAAGUGAGAUGUCUUCCCCAAGCAAGCGCAGGGAGAUGGAUCUGAUGAAGUUGUCAGUCCUCCUCCCCUUUGGCCUUUGGGUGCAUCCAUCCAUUCAUUCCUUGUCUCUUGUGAGGAUUGUUGAUUCAUGUUUAAUACUAGCUUGCUUCUCUUGUAGGAUGAUGAGCGAUUACAAGGUGGAUAUGAUCAACGACGGGAUGCAGGAGUUCUUCGUCCACUUCCACGGACCCAAAGACAGUAUUUACCAGGGUGGUGUGUGGAAGGUGAGGGUUGAACUCACAGAAGCUUACCCCUACAAAUCCCCUUCCAUUGGCUUCACCAACAAGAUCUAUCACCCCAAUGUCGAUGAGAUGUCCGGUUCUGUCUGCUUGGAUGUGAUCAACCAGACCUGGAGCCCAAUGUUCGACCUUGUGAAUAUCUUUGAGGUGUUCCUGCCCCAGCUUCUCCUGUACCCGAACCCCUCGGACCCCUUGAACGGCGAGGCGGCAUCGCUGAUGAUGCGCGACAAGAAUGCCUAUGAAAAUAAAGUCAAAGAAUAUUGUGAGAGAUAUGCCAAGCCUGAAGACAUAUCCCCGGAGGAGGAGGAGGAGGAAGAGGAGAGCGACGAGGAGCUGAGCGACGCCGAGGGCUACGACUCCGGCGACGAGGCCAUCAUGGGCCACGCAGACCCUUAACUGGUGGAUGGAUGGAUGCAUGGAUGGUUAGCUCAGUCAGUAACUCAGUAAUGGAGGAUGAUCAUGAUGUAUCUCUGUCUGUCUGUACAUAGCUGCGGCGCUCACUGAUGAAUGCCGCCAUGGCAGAUGCUGAAGAAAGUCAUCAGCCAUCUCAAGUCAGCUCCACUAGUUCAUGUGUCAUCGUCGUCGUCGCCGUCGUGCUAGUCGCUGUGAAUAACUUGCCAUUUGUUUAUGUUGGUUCCAUUUGCAGUUCAUGUUUCCAUUGUAGGGGAUGUAUGUUCUGUUCUGUUCUGUUUAUUCAUUUUCAGUUCAUGUUACUGUCUGUAAUUCUGUUUCUGUUGAUAAUCAUCUCAUCUCAGGGGAAUUUAUA